AAAUUGUACUCAUGCUGGGAAUGUGAUUUCCACACACAGAGCCCCAGUGAGUUCAGCCGUCACAUGGGAUCCAGUCAUAACAUACAGAAACCAUUUUGCUGCAAACUUUGUCCGUACACAUCCAAACGAGUAGACGACCUGAAGACUCACACGAUCACACAUGAGGAUGGCACGAUAAGAUCGUGUGGGAUGUGUGACUACACGUGCAAGCGUGUGCCCGCCCUCAGGAAACACCUGCGUAAACACACGGAUGUUAUUUUGUUUUCUUGCAGUCUGUGUGGUUUUGGGUGUAACUUUGAGCCAGACCUCAGGUCGCACAUGCUACACGCUCACGACAAGAACAAGUGCCUCACAUGCAGGGUUUGCCAAAGUUCUUUUCAGUUUGCUGCCCACUACAAACAUCACAUGUUGAGCCAGCAUGAUAUUGAAAAUGCUUUUCUUUGUCCACAUUGUGAAUACUCAACAAAUGUGUGGAAUAACUUCAGGGCUCAUAGACUUAAACACAUGUCCAAACAGAUACGGAUACGCAAACAGUUUGACACUGGACACUUAAUAAGACCAGAGCCGAAAACUCAUUUAGGAACAUUUGGAAACAACAAAUCCCUAGAUGGCUCAGAACUUGACCGCCCCAAGAAACGUCAAAAUCAAAAUUGCAAAACUGAACACUAUUUCCUGUGUCAUGUGUGUCAGAGAAAGUACAAACAUGCUUCUAGUCUCUGCAAACAUAUUUCCCUAGUUCACAAAGCUACAGCCAAGAAGCAGUUGUGUUCCAUGUGCUCUUACAAAACAUCGACCGUUGCUCUACUGAAAAGACACUUGCUGACUCACGGGAUUGGGAAACGGUUCCAGUGCACAGUUUGCCAGUUUGGAUGUAACCACAGAGAAGUUUUAAAUAAUCAUUUAUUGUUACAUAACAGCAUAAUUAAUUGUCAUGAUGCUAAGCUGCUCGAGCCAGUUUCAAGUAAAAGUAAAGACAUGAAGCCAAGUGAAAGUAAAGACAUACAACAACAAACUCAAACUGAAUGUUCCAGAUUUAUGCUUUCACUCAAACCAUCUGUAUCUAAAAUUGAUUUUUCUAGACAUACCUGCACACUUUGCGAUCACAGAUUUAGAAAUGCUUCGAGCUUAAACAAACAUUUGUUGCGUCAUAAAAAAUUUCAGAACUUAAACCAAUUCCGGUGCUCGGUUUGUUCAUUCAAGUGCCUGAGGCCUCACGAAUUGAAGCUUCACACGUUCACUCACACUGGGGAGACUCCUUACUCAUGCAGUGAAUGUGACUUUCAGUGCAGUAAACCUUACACACUGAAAUACCACAAACAGAAACAUCACUCAGAACUAACCACUGGGUGUGAAUCAUUCACUUGCUCUCUGUGCCAGUUUGAAUGCAGGUCAAAUCUUCAUCUUCAACAACAUUUGCAGGUCAAACAUUCAGAUGACCUCCAGACUGUCAAACAUUCAGAUAAUCUGCAGCCUGUCAAACAUUCAGAUGACCUACAGCCUUUCAAGUAUUCAAAUCACCUACAGCCUGUCAAACAUUCAGAUGAUCUCCAGCCUGUCAAUCAUUCAGAUAACCUUCUGCCUGUCAAACUUUCAGAUGACCUACAGCCUGUCGAGCAUUCAUAUAACCUUCAGCCUGUCAAUAGCUCAUUGUCUGGUACUAAUGUGUCAACAUCCACUACAUCCAAAGCACUUCAUUUAGACAGUUCUGCUAAUGCUAACAAUAGGCAUUUCAAUCAAAGAUCUCACAGUUCUAAUUCUAGACAGUUUUUUAAAAGAAUUUCACCUCAUGAAUGUGGCGGAAUUAACGCACCAUCGAUCAACAGUUUCAAGUUAUCAUAUAAUGAAUGUGAUUAUUCAACAACUGACAGAAGAAAUCCUACCUCACAUGUUCAGAAACAUGGCUUGAAAAGUUUCCUUUGUCAUUUGUGUAACUACACAUGCAGGAGAGGGAGAGAGUUAAAACGCCAUCUUGUCACACAUGAGCACUCAAAGCCGUUAUCUUGUGACUUGUGCUCAUACUCUUGCAUUCAUCGCUCAAGUCUUCAAGUUCAUAUGCUGAAGCAUAAAGGAGAAAAACCUGUCUGCUGUAAAUUGUGUGAUUUCAAAUGCCGUCAAGCAAGCACUCUUCGUGACCACAUGACAAGACAUUCUGAUGAGAGGAAGUUCAUCUGCGACCAGUGCGGGCAUCAGGCUAAGAGAGCCAUAGCACUCAAGAUCCAUUUGUUGGCUCAUUCUACAGAGAAACCUGUUGCCUGUCCCUUGUGUGAUUUCACUUGCAAAAAUAAGAACUCUCUCAGGUCACACUUGAUAAGUCAUGGGCCUGAAAAUGAUUGA